AAUAUCUUACAGUAACAUUUUGUAUUACAGUCAAACAACACUUACUCCGACAAGACUCGAAAAUACUUCAGAAUACUAUAGAACACCAAACCCAUCACACUGGCACACGCCAUGUCCAGCAUUCUAACCACAAACAUCAGCACAUUGGUGUGGUAUGAUUUCGAGGAUCCCGAAAGCGACACACCAAGCUCGGCCUCCUCCGACUGCAGCUCCGACCCGAGCACCUACUUGGAGUCCGUUCUGCUCGAGCACAAACAGUUCUUGGCCGCUAGGAUCAUACAAUGCCACGUGCGUGGCUGGCUUUUCCGAUCCAUUUUCCGUAAGCAGAACGAGGCCGCAACCACUAUUAGCAGGUGGUGGCGCGGCUAUUGGGUACGAAGCCACCGAUUUGCCGCAAUAGAGGCCCUGCUGCAGGAGCGUCAAGUAAAAUACUACCACGAUGUGGCCACCAAGGCCCAAUCACUCUUCCGGGGCUGGCAGACCAGGAUGAAGUGCCAGGACUUCCAGGCCAUGAAACAACUUCGCAUGCAGUGCGCCGAGGAUAUGCUCAGCACGCUGGCCAAGGUUCUCCAUAAGAUGCGGCAGGACCGCUUGCUGCCGGGGAUAUACGGUUUACGCGGAUCUCUCUUAUUGAGCAAAAUUGAGGUCCUUUCCAUUACCUUUGGCUAUCGUUUCCAUAACGGACGCAUGCGGGCGGCCAUCGCCCAGAGGCGAGCCCUUCUCGCGAAGCGACGUCAGGAGUUUAGGAAUUCCAUGUUGUACACAGAGGCACCCUUCCCGGGACCCGAUGCUGCUUUGACCCAACAACCAGAAUUUAGUCUUUCUAAGAGAAUUGGAACGCAGCAGCAGCGGGUAUUCCUGCUGUACGACAAAUGCAACCGCGACCGUCAUGUCAAGAAUAUCCUUUUAAAGGCCUCGGCGCGACUCCGAGAUACCAUGGCGGCACAUCGGGAAGCCCUUAGGAGCCAUUUCUGUAAGGAAUUAAUAAGGCGAACUAUCCGAUCCACACUCAAUCUGCCUAGCACUAGGCGCUAUUCCGGAAUGAUCCAGCAGUUUAUUGACGAUCUCCUUAUGAAAGUUGAAGAGUUCAAUUGCUACUGCAAGCCCAUGGUCGAUAACAAUUGGUGCGUUUAGGUUUGCCCAGUCCUGGACGGUCAGUGCAGCAUCCUCGACGGGUCAGUGAGGAUCGGCCAGGACAUGGCAACCCCAUUCUCCCAAUACGUUUAUCUGAAAUCUCAUUAUAUUCGCUAUUAUUGUUUAAAUUAUCUGUUGUCACAGCACUCAGCAGAUACAGUUUAGCAAAAAAUAUUCUAUACAUCAAUAUA